UUUCAAGUACGCAGUUAACUCAGUCAUAACUAAUAACUCAGUGUAAUUAGUAGUGCUAAUAAAUCGAAGAAUUCGACAAUCUUGCAAAGUACUUAUUAAAUAGGCCUACUAUCGUUUCAUUAUUGCAAUCUAAAAACAGCACAUUAGCGAUGGUUAGACAAUCGAUUUUUAUAGAAAUUAAUUUACUUACAAUGACUUGGUGUGUUUGGUGCAAACCAGUGUUCAUAAAUGAUAAUUUUAAUAUAACACAACUGUCAGUUGUACAAAAUAAAAUUACCGAAGAAAGUAUUCAUUUACUCUCAACAUUAAGCUUCCCACCACCAGCCUUAUAUCUUGCUAAUCCUACAAAAAAAUGGGCUUUAGUAGAUUUUUCAAAACCUGACCAGCGAGGUUCAUAUUCAGUUUAUGAUGAACCAGAAAUUACUGGCAUUUUUACAACAAAAGAACCGACUAAUUCGCCCAAUCUAUUUGACAACAUGAAAAACAAUGAAAAAGAUAAGGACGAAAAUUAUUAUAAUAAAAAAAGAACCCCUAGUGAUGGAAUAAAGCUGCACGAUGAAAAAAAUAAAGGUGAUGAAGCAAACCAAAAAACAGAAAAGGAAGAAAAAGCCUAUAAAAACGAUAAGGAUGAAAAUAAUGAGAAAAUUAAAAGUAAAAUCAAUAAAAAUAAUGAAUACAUUGACAAUAUUGAGUCAGUAACAAACACAGAUAUGUAA